AUGAAUCUCGGCAUCUUGUUUCAUUCUUCUAAACUGCUACGCCGAGUCGACAAGACAUGUUUUCAAACGACGUCAUGUGUUUAUUCUAGGUAUUAGUAUUUCGUUCUAGAGCUUGACAUAUGAUUAGCUGUUUACAGCUUGACGGAGAAAUGGCAGAAACAGAAGUUGCCGACUGCGGCUUCAAUAGUCGCUUCGGCUCCAUCUUCCGUUAAGCCCUACCUGCAAAUUAUGCGGGCAGAUAAGCCCAUAGGUAGGUAGGAACCGUUUGAAAGCUCAUCUGCAGGUAAUCCAGGUACCUGGCUUUUGUUCUGGCCUUCGGCGUGGGCGAUAGCCAUGGCGACGCCUGCCGGACAACUUCCAUCCUUCUAUUACCUUUCCUUGUUUGGCGCCGGCGCAUUUCUGAUGCGAAGCGCCGGUUGCGUUAUUAACGACCUUUGGGACAAGGAUUUCGAUAAAAAGGUUUUGAUCAAAAACUCUUCACAUCUUUUCAAAAAUAAAUUGCUCUAGAAUUUUUUUUUUCAAUCUGUUUUUCUCAAUAAAUCUUUGAAUUUCUUCUAUUCUCAGAUGCAGUUGUGGAGAUAUCGUUUUUCGAGGGAAAUAGCUUAUUUUUUCAAGGACCUUGAAAGCGUUUAAGGAAAUUAUUUUUUUUAACAAGCCGUAAAAGUCUGAAAUUUUUUAGGUGGAGAGAACGAAAAUGAGACCUUUAGCGUGUGGUUCUUUGACGAACAAACAGGCAGUCGGGCUUCUUUCUGUUCUUCUUUCAUCUUCUUUAGCGAUUCUCCUCCAGUUCAAUUGGUAUAGGUAAGUGGCAAAUAUUCUACGUUGGAAGGUAAUAAUUUUUAUUAAGCGUGGCCGUCGGGGCUUCAUCAAUGUUGCUGGUCGUCGGUUAUCCCCUUGCAAAGCGGUUCACUUAUUGGCCGCAGUUUGUUCUGGGUACGUUCAAUCGAAAAAUAUAAUAACUUUUACCGGAGCUUCUAACUUUCCUUUUCUGAUUUGCUCGCCUUGAACUCUUUUUUUAUUUCAAUCAAAUCAAAAUGUUUUAUUUCUCACACACAAGUACUAAAUUUCACGAAAUAGAUGUAGAGAGAGUUUGGGAACAUAUGUGUCGGAACUUGUGGUGAUGGAGGGAAGAGGACUCGCGGUCGUGUUAACCCCCCACUUGAGUAAAUUGGAAUAACCAUGAAGUUAUUCUUUUUAAAUGUCGAUUAUGUAGCUUUCAUAUUUUUUUGUUGGAUCAAGAGUGUUUAGUUCUGUAAUGUUGUUUUCAAACCAUUUCUCAAGUUUAGAUCUGAACUUAUUUUUUUUCAUACUCAAAUACUAUGUUUCUAUCCAUGUGAUUCCAAUGAUUGUAAACUCUUUGAUUUCUCAAUUUGUUUUGGAAAUAAGCGUUCACAAUAGAUGUUUUUGCAAACGACUGGAGACAGACGAGAAGAUGAAGUAUUCAUCAAAGGACUUUGAGUAGAAAGUGUUAAUUGAUAGGUUCGCUGAUGUAUCUUGCAAUUGUUCAUUGUUUUUUGCCAGAAGAGGCUUCUGCAUCGGUAAAAUUUCUCUCUACAGCUACCUUUUCAAAAAAUACCCUCUCGCCUUAAUUUAUAUUUGUGGAACACUUUUUGUCGCCUUUUGACUACUUCUUCCAAGAGAUUCUGUACGCGGUUUUUCUCUUUUCACAGUGGCAUUCACAUUCUUGUUUUGCUGUGAUGAAUCCAUAGAAACAUGAGCGCAUUUUGCAGGGGCAACUCUGAACUGGGGGAUUCUGAUCGUAUGGGCCGAGCUAGCUUCAAUUUCCAAUUACCCAACUUUUUUUGCUCUGUAUUUGGCGAGCGUCUUGCACACCGCCGUCUACGACACCAUUUACAGCCACCAGGUGUGCCAUUCUGAUUUCUCUCCGGUGUGCUUUUUGUCUCCGUCUUUCAUCGUAACUCUGUGUUAUCUUUUUCUUCCUUUAAUUUCCGCUACUUGAUUAUGGAUUCUUUCUCUUCUUGAAAAAAGUUAUAAUCAAAAUUCAUCUUACAAGUCCCUCUAUCAAAAUGUAAAAAAAACGUCUGUCUCCUGCUUAUUUGCAAAAACGUCUAGUUCGGCUUCGGAAUUCACCUAAAAAUACCAUAAUGUUGUUUGCGAAAAAAGCUCAGCUUUGGCAACAUUUUCAUUUAUUGAUUUCAAAAUCUUUUGGUCACUUGUAUUUAUAGCAUAUUUUGAAAAGGGGCAAGAAAAAAAGAGAUGACACGAUUGCUCUGAGCUAAUAGAGAUAUAUGCGAAAUAAGUUUUCACAAAGCUAUAAGUAUACCAAACUCAUUAGAAAAAUUUCAGCUGAAAAAUACUCAGUUAUGAAUAUUUGCAUUAUUUUUUUCUGAAAAUUUUGUAUUUUUCUUAUUAUGUUUAUCUAUCAGAAUGGCAGAGACUUGAGAUGAAAAAAACCAUAAACACGAUUAAAAAAUCGUGCGAGUUCAAAAAACAAACUAGGUUAGCCUACGUCCUCUACAGAGCAAGAAAUUUUUGAAAUCUCAAUACUUAUAGAAAAACACAAUUUUUCAAGAAACAAGAGAUGAUAAUAUGAACGAACAGUUAGGGAAUGGAAGUGUACGCGUAGACGUGUUGUGCGGCUUCAGGACUGACGUUCAACUGGGGAGCUCUUCUGGGCUGGACGGCGAUCCGCGGUGACUUGACGGCGACUCCUUUGCUUCUCUACGUCGCCGCCUUACAGUGGACUCUUGUCUAUGACACAAUUUAUGCACACCAGGUCUACUGCAUGGAAAUGUCGCUUUUUCUGUUUUUCGGCUUCCGCUUUUCCCAGAACUCCCGAGGAAUGCUUGUGAUUGACAAAAUUUUUUACCUUAUUUUUAACAGUUGCUGGCUUGUAGAAGAGAAGAAGUCCGUUCAAGCUUUGUUUAGGACAAAACGGAUGACGUUCUCAUCGGAGUGAAAUCAACAGCACUUCGAUUCGGAGAAGAUACCAAGAAGUGGCUCACCGGCUUCUCGACCUCCUCCGUCGGACUCCUUGCACUUUCCGGCAUGGCCAGUCACCAGCAAUGGCCGUACUACGCUGCUGUUUUCGGUUAAUUAAAGCGCUAAUUAGUUUCUGAAUGCUGUUAUUCAGGAGUUGCAAGCCAUUUGGGUUGGCAGAUCGUUUCGUUGGAUAUUCACAAUGGAGAGGACUGCUGGCGUAAAUUCAGAGCAAAUCGUUGGAUCGGCUUUCUUCUUUUUUCCGGAAUAAUCGCUUCAACACUGUUGAAAGAGAAAAAUCGCGAUGAUUUCGAUGAAUCAGAUUUAAACCACGAUUAA